GAUAGAUAGAAGGAAACUGGCUUCUUUCGUAUAAUUAUUAAAUUGCAUUUUGAAAGGUGAAUUAUUAUCAUUAAGACAUGUUGAAUUACAAAGGCGGUUACCGAGCUUUCUAAUGCAUAUAAUUAUAACGUUUCGUCUCUUGGAAACUUGAUCGAACCAAACAACAACUUGGAAAAGGAUAUUGAAAAUGUCGAAAGGAAAUGAAGUAAACGAUGAUGUGGAAUCAUUAAUGGCUUCCUUGGAUCAAUUGGGAGUCGAAAACGCUGAAUCAGAGUCGAAACCAGAACAGAAAGAUUCCACAGAAAGCAAUCAUCAGGUGCAUCCUGCUGAGAACGAGAAGGAGAUCUUGGAUUUCUUAGAUGAAUUAGAAAACGACAAACGUGAAACAGCUAUAAAAGAACCUUCUAACGGUGCUACACAGGAACCGUCGGAAACUUCCAACACUCCAGCUGAGCCAAAAGAGAAACUAAAGAACGAGCCUUCUCAUAACCCAACCUCCGAGGGGCCCAAUAUCCAAAAUAUAAAAGGGGGUAAUGAAAAUCCAAAAGAGGAUACCAAGAACAAUUGGUUUGGUGGAUUAUGGUCAAGUGCCUCCGCAGCCGUUCGCUCUGCAGAACAGCAUGUUCGUUCUAUGAAGAAUCUUGAAGAAACAACUCAUUGGGAUAAUCAUGUUCGAAAAAUGAUGGACUUGAAUAAGCUUGGAGACAUUGGAAAUGGGAUUCGCAGCAAAGCCUUACCGACAUUGAGUAAUACCUUCCAUAACGUAAUGAACGUUGUUGCUCCCCCUAUCCAGGAUCAUGAAAUCCUGCAGGUUACGGUUUUUCAUGAUUUAGCUGGGUUUUCUCAUGUUGAUCGAAUUAUUUACGAUAGUUUUGAUAAUGUUAUGUCUCAAGUAGAGGGUGGUGACUUGACGGUUUUAUUGGACAAAGAGGCCAAGGUACGAAGCAGGACUAGCGAUUUGUAUGAGAAUUUCGCCUCAUGUAACGGUCUAUUGGAAGCAAAAAAGCUUGCGAAGGAAAAUUUGGCAGAACCACUGCAGCAUGCAAAAAAGCUUGUCCAAGAAUCGCAUUCCAACGAAAAGUCGGCAGAGGAAAACAACCAGCAUGCAGAAGGAUCCUCUGUUAGGGUUACGCAGCUUUUUUUGUCGAUUCAAGCAUUUACAACGAAGUUGAAAGAAAUAUCAGACACGGAGCAGCUUUGUUUUUUGUUAUACUUGAAGGAUGUCAGUCAUGACCUGGAAUUUUUUACUACUUCCCAACCUAUUCCUCUAGAAUGGCAUCAGUGGGCUGUGGAUGAUCGCUAUAUCAAAUUGUUUGGUCCCACUGCUAUUCUUCCUAAUGAAUGGGCUGUUCAGUGGACUGAAAACUGUAUAUCUCUUGCUGCAGGUAUCCUUGCACAAAUGUAUACCUCCAAACGCAUGGCUCUGGGCGAUCCAGCACUCUUUGCAAACCUGGACAAUAGACAAGGAGAAGAAGAAAAAGAACAGCAAUCUGCUUACUAUGACGGUUUGGUCUACACGUAAGCAUGAAUACGUACGUAUGCAAAAUUUUGUUUUGUUAAAUCUUGAAGAAACUGAUGUUUGUAUGUUGAAAUGAAGAUUAUCGGAAGCUCAAUUUUGUUUCAUCAUUUGUCUUAUUUAUAGUCAUGAUUAAUUGGGGUGGGGGAUGUUUUCUCCCAAACGGAAAUGAAUACCAUCAACGUUUGUUGUCUAUUUAAUUUUCCAAAUUUAGGUCAUUGUUAUAAAGAUCAUUCUUGUACUCUGGA